AUGGAGGUCCCAGGCCCUGAGCCUAGGCAGCAAGAGCAAGUGGUCUUUAGCUUCGGGGACACCAUGGAGGUGAUCUGCUCUCUGCCUGGAGAUGCCUGCACAGGCUGCACUGUCUGGUCUAAGAAUGUCACAGAACUGGUAGCUUCCCACCACAUCCUGGUGGGGCACCAGAGGUUACAAGUGCUUAACGUCUCACAUGAUGAUGCCGGGGUCUACAUGUGCCAGCAGCAGCUCACUCAGGAUGUCCUGUGUCACUUCACUGUACAUGUGACAGAUGCUCCAUCCUCAGGAGAUGAUGAAGAUGGCGAGAACGUGGCUGAAGACAAAGCACUUCUGCCAUCAGGGGCCCCUUACUGGACUCGGCCAGACCGUAUGGAUAUGAAACUGCUGGCUGUGCCAGCCACCAGCACUGUGCGCUUCCACUGUGCAGCUGCUGGCAACCCCACCCCCUCCAUCUCCUGGCUGAAGAAUGGCAAGGAAUUCCGAGGGGAGCAUCGCAUGGGGGGCAUCAAGCUUAGGCACCGGCAUUGGAGCCUGGUCAUGGAGAGUGUGGUGCCUUCUGAUAGCGGCUACUACACCUGCGUGGUUCAGAACAAGUUUGGUAGCAUCCAGCAGACUUACACACUGGAUGUACUGGAGCGCUUCCCACAUUGGCCCAUUUUGCAUGCUGGGCUGCCAGAAAACCAGACAGCCACUCCAGGAAGCAAUGUAGAGUUCCACUGCAAGGUCUACAGUGAUGCCCAACCACACAUCCAGUGGCUGAAGCAUGUUGAGGUGAAUGGCAGCAAGACAGGCCCGGAUGUCACCGUACUCAAGAUUAAGGAGCAGUUCUCCAGCCCAGGACCCCAAGGAUGCCUGGAACAGAUCCCCUACCUGGUAAUCUGUGGCCUGGGACCCACCCGCUUGGGUCUCCCCCUUUGUUUCCCCGCAGCCCUCUGCUCCUCAACCUCCUCCUCCUUCUACCCCUUUGCAACCUACCCCCAGUCCCUAUGCCUCCCUCGAGCCCCAACUUGCCUACCUUUGUCCUGUCCUGGAGAAACCUAAGCCCAUGCCCACAACCCCAAGCCAGUGCCCCCUCCCUUGGGGGGACCACUCAGAGACCUCCUAACAGAGGACCCCUGCCAUAUCAGCCUCCACCAGCCCCGGCUGGGGACGAAGAAGGACAUCAUGAAUAUGAAGUUGAGGAACCAGGAGAUGAGACCACCUCAGACAGCACCACUCCAGCUGGGGCGACAGGAGGGGAACUCCCUCCUAGCUGCUGCCUCAGUGGACGCCACAAGCCUUGGAAGCCUGUCUCCCAGGCAUUUCCCCUCUGGCAGGGGGGACUAGCCAUUCUCUGCUCCCGAUUUGUAUAAUUGGUAGACCCAUAACCCAUCCUUUUCAAAGGACCCCAUUGCCCUCACAGCCCUAAUAGAGUCUAUUCUCAUAUCCCAUCAACCCACUUGGGAUUAUUGCCAACAACUCUCGCAGGCUCUACUGACCUCAGAGGAAAAACAGCAUGUUUUCCUCGAGGCACAGAAAAAUGUUCCAGGGGCCAAUGGGGCCCCAACCCAACUCCCCAUUGAGAUUGACGCCGCCUUCCCUCUCAAUCUCCUGGACUGGGACUUUAACACCAAUGCAGGUAGGGAGUGUCUCCAUCUCUACCGCCAGCUUCUCAUUAUGGGCCUCCACAGCACAGGGCGCUGACCUACCAAUUUGGCCCAGGUAAGAGCAGUCACACAGGGUUCAGAGGAGAUGCCAGCUGCCUUCCUAGAGCGGCUAAUGGAAGCCUACCAUAUGUACACCCCCUAUGAUCCAAUGAGUCCAGAUCAACGGGGCAAUAUUUCCAUGGCUUUCAUCUGGCAAUCUGCUCCAGGUAUUAGAAAUAAGUUAUAGAGACUGGAGGGCUUAUGUAGAUUAUAGAAAGAGAGAGAUGAUAAGAUUAAAAAAGAAAUGGAUCUUGGCCACAGUAGCUAACCAGACUAAGCCAGAAGCAGGGAGAUCAUAUAGGAUGGGAGACAGAAGGAGGCCAUGGGUAGGCAAGCCAAUGUGCCUACUGUAAAGAGAAAGGACAUUGGGUCAAAGACUGUCCUAAGAGAACCAGAAAUCCCAGGAAGCAGCCGGCCCAAUUGCUGGCCUUAGAAAAAGACUAGGCCAGUCAGGGCAAGGAGCCCUGACUGAGACCUGGAUAAUCCUGCAAGUGUGUGUGUGGGAGGGGGGCAACCAAUCACCUUCCUAGUAGACACUGGAUCCAACAUUCAGUCCUAACUAGGACAGACAACGCAUUGAGCAGCUGAACAACUUGGGUCCAAGGGGCCACCGAAAAGAAAGUGCUCUUGGCAAUGGGUAAGGUGACCCAUUACUUCCUUAAUAAUAUCCUGCCAUUUCUCAGUGGACUGCUUUCCACUAUAAGACAUUUUCUUGAUGGCCACCACUUCAUUAGUACACACAUCUUGAGCAGAAUGUACUGCUCCAAAGCUCCCAUGGCCAGUUUCUCUUAGAUCUGUGAAGGGCUUUUCCGGAUCUUCUUUGAAGAAGAGCUCUGCAAUUUCAGGGUCCUUUAGACUGCCUGCUCUGUUAGCUGAUGGCAACCUGCUGGGUAGUCAGCUGUCUAAUUCUAAUUUUAUACUGCUAUCCUAAUGCUUGGUUCAUCUAUAUGAAUAAAGCCAGGCUGGCAUAAACCCUUCA